AGCUCGAUCAUCAUGGCUGACAGUUUUAACCCGUUUUUAGACGAUGUUGAUGGGGAUGUAAUCGAAGAUAGUAUUGCAGAUUGCAUCGAAGCUGAUGAAAAUGGUAGCCAGGAAGAUUUACCUACUCGUAAGGAAACGUUAACACCCCAACCAAAUGAACUAAACUGGGAUUCAGUCGCCGCUAAGCUAAUUAAAGAUAACCUGGUUCUCACCGCCCUCGAACUGCACACAGAAUUGGUAGAAAGCGGCCGGGAGCUGCCCCGCCUCCGUGAUUACUUUUCUAACCCUGGAAAUUUUGAAAGGCAAGAUAAUACAUACAAAGAACUUCAAACGCUUCCUUUACAACGUACCUCCAGUGUAGCAACUUUUGACUCAUUGGAUUUUGCCCGAUACUCUGACGAUGGUAUUAAUCAGGCCGACGAACGCUGCGCCGUUUUAGAAUUUGAAUUAAGAAAGGCCAAAGAAACAAUUAAAUCUCUUAGAGUCAAUUUAACCGAGGCAGCAGAGAGUGAAAUACCGUCACCCACACAAGACAGAAAUGAUAUUAUUACAGCAGGUAAUGAGGAUUUGUUGAAACCACAUGAAAAGAAUGAUUCUAUAUGCAUUCCAUUCAAUAUUGAUUUUGAUGAUUGGGAUGAUGUGGGAUUAAAUAUAUCUCGUCCCCCUGAUGUUCUCCAUCUAUAUCGAGACUAUGGGAAUCAUCUUAUCCCAGCGAAAGAGACCAAAGAUGCAGGAUGUGGUGAGGAUGUGGUCCUGGAGGAACAACCUGAAGAGGUGGAAGCAGAUCAGGCACAGCUGGCUGAAGAUGAAAGGAAUAAAUUUGUAAGCUAUUAA